AUGAACGCCGAAGCCGUACAGAAAGAAGCGUAUGCUUCGGCUCUGGUGCAUGUUGCACAGCUGCUACAACAUUCAGGACAGCUGGAGAAGCUGGAUUCUCUAAAGAAAAGAGCUGAUCGAAAAAAGGCUGCCGUCGAAGCAAUGUUACGCACUGGUGUGCAGUCACAGUUGGAGGGUAUUCGUACGGCAAUCGGACAUCUCGCAUCAACUGUUGAGGACAUUAAAUCCGUUGAAACUAGUUUACAAGAGAUACACGAUACACUGCAACGAUUUCCGGAGUUGAAGAAGAAAAUGGGAAAACUGCGUGAAGCAAACACCAGACACAGCCAAUAUGCGACGGCGAUGGAACAUCUGAAACAUAUUUAUUCGAUAAACGAGACGAUUGAGCAUACAAAUGACUAUCUGGUGGAUGGAAAGCUUUUGUUAGCGCAUAAAAAUAUCAUGGAGCUGGAGCAUGCACGUGAUGAUUUAAUGUUUGAAGUACACAAGUUGCAGCAAGGUAAUGCCGAAUACGAAAAGAAUCUUCUGAAGACAUACUUCUCUGAGGUUGAAAAGUUGGUGCAUGAACUCGAAAAACAAAUUUUUUAUAUUUGCGCACGAUGUCUAGAGGCAGUUCGUGGACUUGAUCAAGGACCGCAACAGCUAGUCACUGCACUUCGCAUUAUUGAACGAGAAGAAAGGAUUGAUAAAUAUUAUAUGGAUCGCAUAACGACCACGAAUAAUUUUAUGCCACCCGGAAGGCCACGAGGCUGGCGUAAAAGGUGCUUAGAAGUUAUCGCUGAAACGGUUCGACAACGAAUUGAAGGGAACCAAUUGGAGGAUCGUUCCCUCAAUAAGCAAUGGUUGGCCAGGUAUUUGGAAGUGUGCCGUUUGGUGUUUGUUGAUGAUUUGCUUGUGGCAAGAAGCGGAGCUGUUCCAUGUUUCCCUCCACAUUACAAUAUUUAUGAGCGAUUUGUCGGAAUGUAUCAUAAUUGUAUUUCAUCAAGAUUACGAGAAAUUGCCUCUGAGAAACUGGAGAAAAAUGAACUGGUGCAAAUAUUGAGUUGGAUCAAUGCAUAUGGAGGUGAUCACAUGUUGGGAACUCCGAAGUUGCAAAUUAAUGCGGCUGCAAUGCUAGCAGAUCAUCCACUUCUACCAAGGUCUACUGUUACACAGCUGUGCGAUCAAUUCGUCGAGGUGACAAAAGGUGAUAUGCACGAAUGGCUUGAGAAGACCCUGAUGCAAGAGAAAGAUGUAUCAUUGGCGAAAGAAAUCUCACAAGAAGUUAUACCGAGUGUUGUGAAUGUGAGUAUCGACGAAUUUUUGAAUUUUGCGAAUCGUUAUCGAGAUGCUUCCAUGGCGUUCAAAGCGAAACAUUUUGAAGAUAGAAGCUAUUUCGAAGAAUUCACUUCAACGAUGAUAGCAGUCGCAAAUAACAUGGAUAUUUGUAUGGAUUCUACGGAUAAAUUGAAGAAGCACAUUCGUUUGACGAUGGAAACGGAUGUGCUGAGUGAUGUUCCAAAAGCAGAUGAAACAACGGCGCAAAAUGGCACUACCACUGGAAAUAGUGGUACUAAUAAUGCCAGUAUUCCAACUGUUUAUUCACCACGGGGAAGUAGUAUUAUGAUGGGUGUGUCACGUAAUACGUUACUUGAAAAAAUUGAUCAUUUGAAGAAACGUUGGAAUCUUGGAUUACACGCAGCUUUAAAUGCUAUGGUGGAAGAAGUUUUUGAAGAUAUUUCUCCACACUUGGCCGAAAUUUUGACCAAGAACUGGUUACUUGGGAGUUCAGCGGUAGAAACGAUUUGUAUGACAUUAAUGGAUUAUGAUGGUGAUCAUAAACAUUUAAGACCACAUAUAAGAUGUGCGUUGUUGAUGGAAAUGCAAUAUAGAGUGAUUGGAGAGUAUUUGAUUGCUAUUGAUAAUAGGCGCAUCUCAUUGGCUAACUAUGAAGAUCGUGCUAGAGCAGCAAUGCUAUUGGAAAAUGACGCGAAACGGAUUCAGGAAACAUUUCAAACGUUACAUAAUGAUAUUGAACUACCGUUAGUCGAAAUGAGUCCUUUGCUGGCGGAUAUGUCAGAGGUGAUAAGUUUACGUGACAAGAGUUUAUUGGCACUUGAAACAACUUCGUUCGUACGGAAAUAUCCGGACAUCCAUAUUGAGCUGCUCAGUGCUCUAAUACAAAUGCGUGAAGACAUGGGCCGUGCUGAAGCAAGGUCGAUGGCUGAAGAAACGUUGAACCAUAGUAAGUUUCAUCCGAAAGGAGAUGCAGUCUUCUCGAAACUAUUCCAAAUUUGUAAAGCAGAUCCAAAGCGAGCGUUUGCCUUAGAAGAAACUAUGCAAAACAUGUUUGCUACGUUCACUGCGAAAAGGUAUUUGGUAUAUAAUGAAUGGGAUGUGGCGAAAACGACAUGA